AUGGUCCCACAAAAGCACUGCCCCCAUUCCUCCCCCGACCCCUCCCCACCAAGUUCUACAGCUCGGGAAGCCCGGCCCCGGGGCGUAAUUUCCCCCUACCAGAGGCCAGGUAUGGGCCGACCUUGGCUCUGGUUUCCCAGGAUGUUUAAGUGUAGCCGCAGAAGGUACCGGCAGAAAUCCCAAGGCCCAGCUGCCACCACUGCAGCCACCAAUCUUGCCACCAUGGCCACGGAUAUCAACAACACCCACACUGCCACCACCAGGGUGUGGAUCCUUCCACUGCAAGUACUCAGACACCUUUGUCAACGUGGCAGCUUUCUGACCCUCUAGAAAUGCCCAGAAACUAGUCCAGAAGCUUGGCUGGCUCCGGACCUGCAUCUCCUAAGGGCCACGGGUGGUAAACAGCAGACAAAUAACAAUCCUUUCUGCUCCAACUCUU